AUGGCGCCGACCACACCGCCGGGGCCGGAAAGCUCCGUCCUAGAAAGGAUUGAGGACAGGCUGGGGAGUCUGACGGCUUCUAUGGCCACAAAAGAUGACCUGAAGUCUCUUACCACAGCCAUCCAGGAUACCCUAAGAGCUGAAAUGGCGGGUAUCCGCUCUGAGGUUGCAUCUCACGCGGGCCGCAUAACAAGCAUGGAGGAGGCGGCUGAGGCCCUCACGGCGCGCCAAACGUCCGCGGAUACAGCAAUAGCCCGCCAAGGUACGCUGCUCCUAUCAAUGAGAAGACACCUCGAGGACCUGGAUAAUAGGGGUCGGAGGUGUAAUAUACGCAUCCGGGGAGUGCCUGAAGAUGAUAGUACGGCUGAAAAUGUCGUGGAAAUACUUACCGAAAUCUUCCAGACAAUCCUGCAACCGACAUCCCCAGAACAUAUAGAGUUCGAGCGGGCACAUAGAAUCACACGACCUAGGUCCCUGGAAGACGGCCCGAGAGAUCUCAUUUGCUGCCUUCACUCCUUUCCUGUAAAAGACACCAUCAUGAGGAAGGCCAGGGAAAGACCAACGUGGCCCUAUCGAAGUGCGCAAGUGGCCUUAUAUAAUGAUUUGUCCCCGAUCACGCUGGAAGCCCGGCGGGCUCUCCGUCCCGUGACAGCCGCAUUGAGGGACCGCAACAUAUCAUACAAGUGGGGGUUCCCUUUCGCUUUACUGGCCAGGCACCAUAACAGCUGGAUCUCCAUGCGCUGGCCUGAGGAUGUCCCGCGGUUCAUGGAGGAACUGGGCCUUCCAACACCUGUCGUCCCCAAUUGGAUCCUGGGAUCGACGGCCCCCGUACCGAGACCGCAGAGGUUGCCAAGGCGGAGGGAAGCUCGCUCCCCCUCCGCUCACCCGGCCAGACGGCGCCGAAAUCCGGCUUCCCCAGAAGAGUGA